UAACUUACCCAAGUCGUUAAUUUAGUAUUGUAUCAUUUCUGUACGUGUUAUUGUUAUUGUUAUUGUUAAUACUGUUGUUAUUGUUGCUGUUAAUUGAGUUUUUAUAUUGUUUUUGUGACUUUCCUUAUUUUCGUAUCAUUAUCGCCACAAUGGCUGCAUAUACUACCGAAGACUACGCCGAUAUUGUCUUUGCUUAUGGAAGAGCCAAUGGUAAUACGCGAGAAGCACAAAUAAUUUAUGAGGAGCAAUACCCCAAUAGGCGUGUGCCCCACCACAACACUUUUGCUAACACUUUUCGUCGAUUAAGGGAAACAGGCAAUCUAAAUUUUCAAGAACCGACGAUCAAUCGGAGGCAGUAUGAUGUUGCUGUAGAUGAAAACGCAAUUCGCGCAUUCGAUGAGGAUCCGACCACUAGUACAAGGAAAGUAGAUACAGAUCUGAACAUUUCUACAUGGAAAGCAUGGUCAGUUGUCAAGGCAGAAGGAAGGCAUUCUUUCCAUUACGCCCCAGUGCAAGGUCUCCUACAAGCCGACUAUGAGCGACGGGUACAAUUUUGCCGCUUUUUGUUUCACGCAGACGUUGAAAAUAGACACUUUUUAAAAAGCAUCUUAUGGACAGAUGAAUCAACAUUUACACGUGCGGGGAUAUUUAACCAACAUAAUUUACAUUAUUGGGAAAACAAAAACGUAAAUCCGCAUUUGACCAGAGCCCAGUCUUCCCAAACAAGACUCAGUGUUAAUGUUUGGGCAGGUGUGAUUGGGAGACACCUCAUCGGUCCACACUACUUGCCGAGAAACCUCAACGGGGACAAUUACUUACAUUUUUUACAAAAUGAUCUCCCACAAUUAUUGGCUGAUAUACCCAUAUUUAAUGAAGACAAUCGUGUUCCAGAAUGACGGGUGUCCUGCACACUAUCGGGUCGCCGUUAGAGAAUUUCUGGACAAUACUUUUCCCAAUUCGUGGAUCGGAAGAGCAGGUCCCAUCGCAUGGCCUCCACGGUCCCCUGAUUUAACCCCUCUCGAUUUUUACGUAUGGGGACGUGCGAAAGAACUCGUGUACGAGGUGGAAAUUGACAAACUAGACCAUUUAAUUCAAAGAAUCAA